AUGGGAAAAGCCAAAGCCGGAAAGCGGAACGCUACCGCAUCCGGCAGUCCCUACUCUCGCCCAGCAAAAUCAAACAAGACGAACAAUGUGUUCAAGUUUAACACAAAUGUCGGCCAGCAUAUCCUGAAGAACCCCGGUGUCGCGGACGCGAUUGUUCAUAAAGCCGAAUUGAAACCGACCGAUACUGUUCUCGAAAUUGGUCCCGGUACGGGCAAUUUAACUGUACGGAUAUUGGAGAAGUCGAAGAAGCUUAUCGCGAUCGAAUUCGACCCUCGAAUGGCAGCCGAAGUCACGAAGCGUGUACAAGGAACGCCAGAGCAGCGAAAGCUUGAGGUCAUGCUCGGAGACGCCAUCAAAGUCGAUUGGGUUCCCUUUGAUGUCCUCAUUUCGAACACUCCUUACCAGAUUUCGUCGCCUUUGGUUUUCAAGAUGCUUGCCAUGCCCAAGCCGCCGCGACAAGCAAUUCUCAUGUUCCAGCUCGAAUUUGGACAGAGAUUGGUGGCGAAGCCUGGAGACAAACUUUAUGGCCGAUUGAGUGUUAAUGCCAACUUCUGGGCGACGUGCUCCAACGUGAUGAAAGUGUCAAAGGCCAACUUCAGGCCACCGCCUCAGGUCGACUCUUGCGUCGUGCGCAUUGUGCCCAAACAGGGAGCCGAGCGCCCUACCAUUAGCUUCGAGGAGUUUGACGGCCUGCUUCGCAUUUGCUUUAACCGCAAGAACAGGACCAUGCGAGCAAGUUGGCUCGGCACUAAGGAAGUUCUCCAAAUGCUCGAGAAGAACUACCGUACAUGGGCAGCCCUUAACAGUGUUCCCCUGGACGAUUCUCUCGUUGAAGAGGACGAAGACGACGCCAUGGAGAUGGAUGACGAUGUGGACGCCGGCGGCGAUGACGAUGAUGUCGAGCCCAUGGACGACGACACUCCCGAGUUCUUCAAGGAGCUCAGCACGGCUGCUGGUAAGGCGCCGGAGAAGACCAAGAGCAAGCGCAAGAAGACAAAGGUGGCCGCGCUCGUCCGGCAGAAAAUCGAGGGUGCCCUUGAGAGUACUGGUCUGCUCGACAAGCGUGCGCGUGCGUGUGACGAGACAGAUUUCCUGAAGCUUCUGUCCGCUCUUAACUCUGAGGGCAUUCACUUUGCUUGA